CCUACUUUGUGGAGCCCGGGGCGGGAUCUCAGGCUUCAGGAGAAAUUGCAGCUGUUUCUCAUCGAUUCAUUAUAUUUCUCCUUUAUCCUCCGUGAGAUCUGCCGCCGCCCCGGGACUCUCCUUCUGAUCUGCUGCGACAGCCGCGCCCACUUCCUUCAUCGCUUUAGGUAAUUGAGACAACAUGGAUUCCUGCUGCGGCCUCAUCAUCAGCUGCUCCCGAGUCCCCGUGCCUCUCCGUGGGAUUUCGGUGGAGGUGCAGGUGAAAGGCUUCGUGGCUGAUGUAUGUGCCACACUCAAGUACAAGAACACAGAGGAGAAGCCCAUAGAAGCCGUCUUUGUCUUCCCUCUGGAUCAGGACUCUGCCGUCUACAGCUUUGAGGCCACUGUGGAAGGGAAGAAGAUAGUGGCUGAUAUCCAGGAGAGGCAGCAGGCCAACAAAACCUAUGAUGAGGCCAUUAGCCAAGGCCAAGAAGCUUUUCUGCUGCAGGAGGACGAGAGCUCCGGGGACAUCUUCAGCUGCAGUGUGGGGAACCUUCCCCCUGGUCAGGAGGCCGAGGUGAAACUGAGCUUUGUGCGGGAGCUGCCAGUGGAGUCUGAUGGUGCAGUGAGAUUUGUGCUUCCAACUGUUCUGAACCCCAGAUACACCCCUAAAGAACACGAGGAGAGCGUAACUACAACUGUCCCACGGUUACCCGCUGAUAAGAUCCCAUACAGCCUUGAUCUCACCGCUCACUUCCAGUCCGUCUAUGGAAUCUCCAAGAUUGAGUCGAACUGUGAGCUCAGCCCCAUCCAAUACACUGACGGGGACAAACUGUCAGCCAAGGUGUCCCUGGCACAAGGGCACAAGUUUGAUCGAGACGUCGAGCUGUUGGCCUAUUACCUGCAAGCGAACACGCCUAGCGCCAUGGUGGAGGCGGGGCUUCCUAAUGCUGCGGAAGGUUCUAUCAUGGCUGAUCCAGUGGUGAUGCUGAACUUCUACCCCAACUUUCCCGAGACAAAGGAGAAGUCAAACUUCGGGGAGUUUAUUUUCCUGAUGGACAGGUCUGGGAGUAUGACCGAACAGAUGACUAAUGAGCAGAACGCUCCACGCCGGAUCGACAGCGCCAAGGAGACCCUGAUCCUUCUGCUCAAGAGCCUCCCCCUCGGCUGUUACUUCAAUAUCUUCAGCUUCGGCUCAGACUUCACUUCCAUCUUCUCGGAGAGUAUGGCCUACACUCAGCAGUCGAUGGAAGAAGCUGUGAAGCUGGUGAAUCAGAUGGACGCUGAUAUGGGUGGAACUGAAAUCCUAGAACCAUUAAAAAAGAUCUACAAAACAGCCGGGAGACCCAGUCACCCCAGACAGCUCUUUGUAUUCACCGACGGAGAAGUUGGAAACACAAAUUUUGUUAUAGAUGAAGUGAGAAGGAACGCUCAUAAUCACCGGUGUUUUACAUUUGGGAUCGGGGAAGGGGCCUCGACUGCCCUCAUUAAGGGUUUGGCCAGAGCAGCCAGUGGCACCUUUGAGUUUAUCACUGGGAAGGAGCGGAUGCAGCCCAAGGUUCUUCAGACCCUGAAAUGCUCCCUGCAGCCCACAGUGAAGGACAUCGCUCUGACAUGGACUCUCCCUCCUGGGGUGGAGGCCGUGCUGCUGUCUGGGACCCCCACUGCCAUAUUCCAAGGCCAGAGGUCCAUUGUAUAUGCCCAGUUAAAGGGGAAGGUGGAGCAGGGGGCAGAAGGGCAAGUCAGCCUGGCGUACAAUUUUAAGGAUGAAAUCUUCAACAACGUUCUGCGUUUCACCUUUAACCUUGCAGAAUCGGAGAGACCCACCAUGCACAGGCUUGCGGCCAAGGUCGUCAUCUCUAAUCUGAUUGGAGGGGAAAACCCAGAGGAGAAAUCGGAAGAAGUGAAGAAACAGAUUGUGGAGACCAGUAUCCAGUCGGGGGUCAUCUCCUCUCUCACAGCCUACGUAGCCGUCAAUAAGGAAACCAAGAACCCAGUGAAAGGCCCUCCUGUCCAGAGAAACGUCCCCCUCUUUGGUGCGCCAAUUGCACUCAGAUGUAGCAUGCCCAUGCCCAUGCCCAUGCCAAGAAUGAUGUCUGGUCAGCCAAUGGCUAUGGCUUGUUAUAUGGCCACUGAAGAUGUGUGUUAUGACUCUCCACAGAUAUUGGCACCUGAGAUUGCACCAGCAGAGGAGGAGUAUAACCCACAGAUUAUUUGUCACUUCCCUGCACCCACUCCUGUACCAGCCAUGCCACCCUUGCCCACUCCUGAGCUCGCUGACCCUACAUCUGGUCCAGUAGAGGGGGAGGCUCAGCCAGAAGUUGCUGUUUGUUAUUGGCCUGGCCCCUCUGCUGAGGAGUCUAAGCCAGAAAUUGCUGUUUGUUAUUGGCCUGAACCCACUGAGGUCACUGAUGCUACAUCCGGUCCAGUAGAGGAAUUAAGCCCAACAGCCAAAGCAGAAAGAGGAUUCUUCAAGCUCAUCUCCCUGCAGAACGCAGACGGCUCCUGGAACCUCGACGCGGAAUUCGCUUCCGCCUUUGAUAUGUCUGAAGAGGGACUGAAAGAAAAGAUCCCGGAUCCGAACAUUGACUCUUCCUUGUGGGCGACGGUUGUGGCGGUGUUGUGGCUGCAUGCCUCCCGGCCCGAGCAGAGAGAUGAGUGGGAGUUGCUGGAGGACAAAGCUCUGGAUUGGAUUAAGGCAAAAGCAGCAUCUUCCUUGAGCGAGUGCGUCCGGGCCGGAAACCUACUGCUGAACUCCUCCGUGGACAUCAAAGUGUUUGGCCUGUGAGAGGAACCCACCACGGGAACCCUGUACCUGAAAGGGGAAUUAGACCUUACGUCUUGGAGUUGUUACAAUUAAAGGGGAUGUUUACCUAAAUAUGUUAAGAAACUGUAGGCGUAGCAGGUUACAAAAGGUUUAUCUACUCUGUACUAGUACUACUACUGUGUAACAAGGUGAUUGUGAGCUUUAAAGUGGUUUGUUAAAAUGCUGCACUUUUAGGGGAGAGGAACUGGAGCCGAUUCAGUUGGGAGACAUUAGUAAUUGUUACUACUGGUUUCUGCGAGGGGGUUUCUGAUACAACGACUGAACUAUUCUCACACUGCCUCUUAUUUCACAACUCAGACUGACUUGUUCCUAAACAGCUGCACCAAAGAUUUCUCAUUUUUCUCUGAAAUAAAAGACAAAAAGAA